UCGAGCUUAGAAAUUCACUUUUAAAGCAAUUAUGUGUCAUCAUGCAACUACUAAAUUGUUCAGUGCCACAGAAGGGGAGCCGGCAUCAUUUUUGCUUUUAAUACCCGCGAGCUUCCAAGAAUUAAUGCGACAUGGUACAAUUACAAUUGAUCGUUGCUGCCUGCGCUUCAUCGCUUUUGCUUCGUUAUUCAGUAUUGUACUUUUACCGUCAUCACGCGAAGCAUACAACUGUGUAUGUUUUUCAUGCGUUGACGUGACCGUCAAUUUCUACCGCUCAAUAGUUCUGAAAAAGCGAUGAAACGCGCGAGUACCAUUAGCCUUCCGGUCGAGAUCGGUCUUCGUUUCAUCGGCAUGUGGCCGGAAUCGGCUUAUUCGAAUCUCUAUUGGUCCAUGUACAUGACAUUGAUAGUGGUAGCGCAGUAUUAUCAAUAUUCAUACGUUGUCGCGCGUUUUGACGUAAACAAUCUUAUAAUUCUAACGGAUUGUCUGGGUCUUGCCCUGGCGAACACGCUCGUUCUCCUUAAGCUGGUUUGCCUGUUUUGGAAUCGGAGGAUAUUCUAUAAUAUUUUGGCAGCAAUGGAUAGAGAUUGGAGGGAAUGCAUUAUCAACGAUUCUUCCAUCAUGAUGACAGUCGCGGAUCAGUCGCGUCGAUGUUCCCUCGUGCUAAUCGGCAUUCACGUAUUAGCAGGCUUUUUCUUAUCAAUCGGUCUUUACAUAAUUCGAAUGAUGAACAGCAACGUUUCCCGAGAUCUCCCAGUAAAAAUGCAGUUUCCUUUCGCGGCCCUAGAGUCACCGAUUUUCGAGUUUAUCCUUGCCGGACAAAUGUUCUAUAUAAUGUCGACAGCUUCUAUGGCUGGUAUGGUAAACGCGUUGCUUGCCUCAUUGGUUAUUCACAUGGGUGGUCAGGUCGAUAUCUUGCGGCGAGUCGUAAUGGAAUUGCAUUGUAGUAACGAUGACGGACUCGGUACAUCUGUAACUUUAUUCAGUGAUCUCAUUCACCGACACCGAAAGAUUAUUAGUUUGUCGAACGACAUCGAAAAUCUAUUUUCGUCCAUUGCGCUGCUCCAACUCCUGUGGAAUACUUUAAUCAUCUGCUGCUCUGGCUUCAUGAUCGUACUUGCACUCAGUAGUAAAAAAGGAGCAAUGGUUUUAACAAAGUCGACGUUCCUUUACAUUGCAAAAACAUUAGAAGUGUUCGUGUUUUGCUACGCAGGGGAGUUCUUAAGCUUCAAGAGUAAAUCGAUUAGCGACGCAGUAUAUGAGUCGCUUUGGUACAACUUGAUGCCAUCCGACUGUCGAGCUUUAUUGUUAAUAAUGAUGAGAUCGCAAAAGCGGUUGACAAUCACCGCGGGAAAAAUUUUUGAUCUCACUCUGGAUGGAUUUAUGAGCGUCAUGAGAGUUUCUGCGUCCUACAUGUCAGUAUUGCAUGCUAUGUAUUAAUUCGGAGAAAGCAUCAUCUGUCCAUAGUUUUAAUAAACUCUCCGCGUCAGUGAUAUACUCCCCGUUGCUAACUUUUUCAGCAGACGCGACAAGAUUAAAUUCUAUGACAGAAUGAACAUAUAUAUUUUAAUAUGUUAAAUGUUAACAUCGGAAUCUUAUUCGUAGAAAGAUGUAAUAAAUUUAUCUCCUUAUUA